GUUUGUGACGUCAGUUCCCCUAUUCGCAGAGAGCGAAACAACAUGGCGAUAGAGUCGAGUGGACGGAGGUUUACGCUAACUUUAUUUUACUUUUUUUGUGUUUUUUCGGGCAGGCAGAUUAAGGAGGCAGUGGCGGAGUCAAGAGUCGCGCCAAGGAUACUCGGCAUGAGGCUGGAAAGAAGCGAGACGCCGGCCAAGACCACAGAUAAAGGGGUAAUUCAGGUGACCGAGGGCAGCGACACCUUAUUUAGGUUCUACGGGCUUCACUUGCUCCCAAACAGCUCGGCGCUCAUUAAGUUCACGGAACUUUACUCCAGUGGUAAAGUGGAUGAUACUGUCGACUUUAACAUAACCCCGUUAAAUAGAACUUGUCCCAAACUCACAGAGGAUAUAGAAGUGCAGGGGUCUAUGGUGGUAACGAACCAAAACACCUCCGGGGUGGUAAGCCUCCGGAUAAAGCAGCUCCGCAAAAGCGAAGCGGUGAAGGUGUUCGUCUUAUGCGUCCGCGACACCCAGGAGAAAGAUGAGACCUGGUACAUGCUGGACGAUAAAGACGGCAGAGUGCGUGUGGUGGAGGUGGCGAAAUCCUUGCUGCCCAUCUGGCUGCAGGUGAUCCUCAUCGCCUUCCUGUUAGUGUUGUCCGGCAUGUUCAGUGGACUCAACCUGGGGCUGAUGGCGCUGGACCCGAUGGAGCUCCGCAUCGUGCAGAGCUGCGGCACCGAGAAGGAGAAGAAAUACGCGCGGAAAAUUGAGCCCAUCCGCAGGAAGGGUAACUACUUGCUGUGCUCGCUGCUCCUCGGAAACGUCCUGGUCAAUACCACCCUCACCAUCCUCCUGGACGACCUCACCAAGUCCGGGAUCGGCGCUGUGGUCUCCUCCACAGUCGGCAUCGUUAUUUUCGGCGAGAUCGUCCCGCAGGCGCUUUGCUCCAGGCAUGGUCUGGCAGUUGGGGCGAACACAAUCCUUGUUACCAAGUUAUUCAUGCUGUUAACAUUCCCUCUGUCGUGGCCCAUCAGCAAGCUCCUGGACUGCGUCCUGGGUCAGGAGAUCGGCACUGUGUACAACCGGGAGAAGCUGGUUGGGAUGCUUAAAGUCACCGAGCCAUAUAAUGACCUGGUGAAAGAGGAGCUUAACAUGAUCCAAGGCGCACUGGAGCUCAGGACCAAAACAGUGGAGGAUGUCAUGACGCCUGUCAGCAACUGCUUCAUGAUCCACAGCGACACCGUGUUGGACUUCAACACCAUGUCAGAGAUCAUGGAGAGCGGAUACACGAGGAUACCUGUUUAUGAGCAGGAGCGGUCCAACAUCGUGGACAUCCUGUAUGUCAAGGAUCUGGCUUUUGUUGACCCGGACGACUGCACCACACUCAAAACCAUCACCAAGUUCUACAACCAUCCUGUCCACUUUGUCUUCCACGACACCAAGCUGGACUCCAUGCUGGAGGAGUUCAAGAAAGGAAAAUCUCACCUAGCCAUUGUCCAGAAGGUGAACAACGAGGGGGAAGGAGAUCCUUUCUACGAGGUGUUGGGGUUGGUCACCCUCGAAGACGUCAUUGAGGAGAUAAUUAAAUCAGAGAUUCUGGAUGAAUCGGACCUAUACACUGAUAACCGCAACAGGAAAAAGGUGGCGCCAAAUAAGAAUAAGAGAGACUUCUCUGCCUUUAAACAUGAAAGUGAAUCAAAAGUGAAGAUCUCUUCUCAGCUGCUGCUGGCCGCCCAUCGCUUCCUGGCUACAGAGGUGAACUUGUUCAGCCCGUCUCAGAUCUCAGACAAGGUUCUGCUGCGAAUCCUGCGCCACCCUGAUGUGAUCCAGGAGAUCAAGUUCAAUGAGAGUGACAAGCGCUCGCCCCAUCACUAUGUCUACCAGAGGGGCAAGCCCGUCGACUACUUUGUUCUCAUCCUGCAGGGACGAGUGGAAGUGGAGGCCGGCAAUGAGAACAUGAAGUUUGAGACCGGACCUUUCUCUUAUUACGGUGUCAUGGCUCUUAAUGCUCCCACACUGGUGGCUGCACCUCGUCCUCGCUACUGCUCCUUUAAAAGGCUUUCUCUGUUCUCUCGGUGGCCAGAGUUUCGUUCGCCAUCUCACAUCAGCGGGUUGAACCGCACAACCUCUCUGAGCGGAGCCGACCGGACGGAGUCCCUCUCCAUCAGCGGCAGCAACAGCCAGCUCAACAACAGCAUCCCCUUGCAGCAGUACACGCCCGACUUCUAUGUACGAGCUCUCACCGACCUGCAGUUUGUCAAGGUCACACGUGCCCAGUACCAGAACGGUCUGAUGGCGUCCCGUCUGGACAGCACGCCCCAGUCCCCAGAGAGCAGCCACAACGCGAUUAACCUGGAUCAAACACCUCCCCCCGCCAACGCCACCAUCACCAUCACGGACCUGGGAGCGGACUCCGCCCCUACGGAGAACGGACCGGACGAGACCACGCUUCUCCUCCUCAACGAGCAGAACUCACCGCACACAGCCAACCACCACAGCCAGCUGGGAAACAGCAUUUGACCCCCUACAUGCUCCCACGUUUGCAUGCAUGCACUACUACACUCGAAUGUAUGCUGUGUGUGUGUGUGUGUGUGUGUGUGUGUGUGUGUGGGUGGUGUGUGUG